UCCAGCGUGAGUCAGUUCGGUAAGGACUUUUCUCCAAGUAACACACAAGGAACACACAUUGCACUACCCAAUUAAAAAAGAAGAAGCAAAAACUGCUUUUGAGAAAAAAUCUGGACUGAAACCAAUUUUACCGAGGAUAAAACGUGCCGCGAAACGAUCCGGAUAUCCCAGAAACAACUUCCGGCAGUGCAAAAGUGACCGAUUUGGGCCCAAUCCGGGAUCGGGAAAAAGUGCGAACAAGGAAUUUUCCGGAUUGGUAGCCGUCGUGGGGAUUGCCUGCCUUGCAGGCGAAAACUACUUGCUGAGACCGUGCUUCCUGGGUGCUCGAUUGCAGCAAUUUGGGCGAUUUUCUUCAGCGCUGGAGCGUGCGUCCGGAACAAAUGCGACAUUUUUGGAUCUUUUUCGAGGAACGUAAUCCUGGGUAGUCGUCACCUGGACUAGUUUUGGCAACAGGAAGGAGGGAGGAAACGGAAGAAAUUCGGAAGUCGAACACAGGUUUUGCAUAGCUUUAUGGGUUCGGUCUAGUGUGUUUAAGCUGCGAUUGCCUACUUGUGGGCGCAUUAGUCAUAGUGAUUUGCCGAAAUUCGUAGAAUUUUGAUCAAUUUACUAAAUUUUUAACCAGUGGAAAAGUGGAAUGAAAAUUUUUCCCACUUUUGAGGGUGUGUGUGAGUGUGAAAUCGCCAGAGAGAGAGUGAGGAAAAGUGCGUAAUUUAAGGAGAGAGCUUUCGGGGUUUGUUGUCAUCCCGCCUGGAGGUGUGUUUGUGGGCUCUCUCCCUCUCAACUCAAAGUAAGUUGUCCAAGCUCUCACAGGAACACGUGUGUGACGGGGCCAGCUCCAACCAAUCGAUACCAGCGAGGAGAGGCAGCAGCAUCAGGAAGGAAACAAAAUAAAAACACCCUCGUCCUCUGGCAGUCAACAAAAAGAGCCGCCCUUCCUCGCCCGUGCGGAUUGUCAACCCCGUUUGAACUCGCUCUCUGAACGUCGUUGAGAUGGUGGUAGUGGUGCCACAGGCCACCUUCCAGCCUUGGUGGUAGUGAUGAGUUUGGAAUUUCGCGUAGAAUGCAUCGCGCGAGUUGAAGUGCUGCUGGUGCAAGACCUACAAGUAACUGCAUACAUUCGGACGUAGUCGGGCGGAACCAGUGCCAUCUAGUCGGCGGAAUACGCGGCGAGAACCAUGAUUUUGAUAGCCGGAGUGGAUAAUUACCUGAACGUUCCCAUGGAGACCACCACCUUCCUCGGGGCCGCGCUCGGCUUCAUCGCGCUGCUGCUCGUGCUGUUUCUGUACAUCAAUCGGAAGUGGUGCUUCGCCACGCCCGGUUCGUUUCCGUGCUGCGACGAGCUCACGCUGCCGGCCAAAACGGUGCACACCAUCCGUAGUCGCUUCGCGUACGACGGCCACACCAGCUCCGACUCGGAGGAGGAGAUCCUGCGCCGGCUGAAGCUGCAGCAGUCCUGCUCGCUGCACAGCGGCAGCGGCGGCCAGCUGUCCCGGUACGGCGCCGGUGGGCUGGGCUCGCUAGAUCCGGAUCUAGUGUCGAACCUGCAGCACAUUACCAUCGGAGCGGCGUCACCGACGGAGGACACCGGCGGCGGCGGCAGUGGGAGUCGGAAGGAGCGCAAGCAUAGUCACCGUCACCAUCAUCAUCAUCAUCAUCAUGGGAGUUCGGGAUCGAGGGAUCCGUUGGCGCUGGCGGAGCGUGGCAAGAUCGGGAUGCCGCACUCGAGCAGUGAGUGCAGCUCGAACAGCUCGGUGGAGGCUUCGGUCGAGAGUAAUACGGGUUUGGUGGGCGGGGAGAAGAAGGAUCGGAGGUUGAUCUUGCCGUCGGCAAGCGGUGGGCAGAGGGGGAGCUCGUCGAUCAGUCCGUUGAAGGAGGAGGAAGGCAAGGUGAACAACAAUGGGAAGUAUGGGCGGCUGCCGGUGCAGCAUCAGGACAGUUUGGAGGACGUGCCGGACAUCAACAGUAAUCAAGACUGCAUCGUGGUCCUUUCGCAAGAGCCGCUGUUCGACACCAGCGACCUGAAGUCGCUCAAGUCGGAUACGGGCACGAUCGGCCCCGGGCCGGAGAGUCCGACCUCGACCAGCAGUCCGAACGGCGUGCUGGAGGUGUCCCUGCUGUACGACGCACCGAUGCGCAAGAUGACGGUUCACGUGCUGCAGGCGCGAGGAAUUCCGUCCCGUAACCCGCCCGUUCCAGUGGAAACCUCGACGUCCGCCUCGACCACCGCGACAACGAAGGCCAGCAGUCAAUCGACGACCCACACCCAGGUGCGCCUGCUGAUGCUGCCCAGCAAGAAGCAGAAGCACAAGACCAAGAUCCGUUCCGGCGAGAACCCGCAGUUUAUGGAGAGCUUCCUGCUGCACCGGGUCAACCCGGAGGAGGUCAACUCGAUGGGGCUGCGCAUACGGGUGUACGGCUGCGAGCGGAUGCGCCGGGAGCGAUUGAUCGGGGAGGCGAUCGUCAGCUUCGCCAACAUCGACCUGGAGCUGGAGACGAACCUGUGGUUGCCGCUGGAGCCGAGGGCUAACUCGACGAACACUGGUUCCACGAGCGACCUGCUCAGUUUGGCACGAUCGGACAGCACGGGUUCGACGACGUCCAUGCAGCACGGAGGAGUUCCGGAGCUGCUGCUUGGCCUGGGCUACAACGGCACUACCGGACGGUUGACAGUUGAGAUUGUGAAGGGCAGUCAGUUCCGGAACCUGGCGCUGAACAAGGUCCCCGACACGUACGUCAAGCUGUGUCUGGUGAGCAGCAUGGGCCAGGAGAUGGCGCGGGCCAAAACGUCAACGCGCCGGGGCCAACCGAACCCGCUGUUCAAGGAGACGUUUAUCUUUCAGGUGGCCUUAUUCCAGUUGAACGACGUCACGCUGAUGGUGUCGGUGUACGCCAAGCGCAACAUGAAGCGCAACGAGAUGGUCGGCUGGUUCAGCCUGGGGCUCAACUCGAGCGGCCCGGAGGAGAACGGCCACUGGGGCGACAUGCGGGACGCGAUGAACCCCCGCUCGGAGCUGGUGACACGAUGGCACGUCCUGGUGGACUCCUGAUUCAACUAGCUAGGGCUCUCCCCUCGGCAGAGCACGGUUAUCAGCGACGAUAUCGCUGAGGUGGCCAUCGCCGGCGGGGCUCGCCGCUCCUCCGGCCGGACGCGGCGCAGUUCCGGAAGCGUGGUCGCGGGGUCCGCAGCGCCGACGACGGCAACGUCGUCGGUGGUGUCCUCCCCGCGGGACCCGGAACGGCACCCGAUUCUGAUGGUGCCGUCGCCGGUGUCACGUGGUGACUCGGUGGCCGUCGAUAUCUCGAUGAUGCCUGGGAGUGACCUAGAAUUUGUCUAGAUAAGUGAGUGGGUGAGCGAGUGCGUGAGAUCCAGUUUGCCUAGUGAGCGUGAGAUGGCGCGCGCGCGUGAGAACUUUUCGAUGUGAAAUCUAGUUGUGACGUUUGUUUCGGAAUCCAGAUGUGAGCAAAAAAAAAAAAAACACGUGGUAAUAUUUAAGUUCCAAUCCCCCCAAAAAAAAAGAGAAAAAAAACCAUUUUGGAUGUUUUUAAUCGUAUAUUGUUGUGACACAAACAAACACAGACGCGUAAACUUAACAAUUCAAGCUCUAAAAUGUUAAAUGUUGUAUGGAACUACCGUGAAACACACAAACUAUGUGUGUUGAAUAUUUUGCAAAACAAGGAGAAAUAAAAAAAGGAAAAGUUGUAGUGAAAUAUUUGGAAAGAAUUAAAACAAAAAUCAAACUCUAGUUACCAACAUAACCAAAAACAAAACGAACUUUGAUGAAAGGACCUUUUCUUGACCUGGGAAAGGAGAAAGAGAAAAACAUAAGCCUAUUGGACGACGGAAACAAAAAAGCACAAAUUUAGAGGGUGAAGAAAGGGUGGGGAGAUUUUACAUUGGAAAGACGGUUAAAAUUUCAUAGGAUUAUUUACUUUCACAACGUUCUCUAGGUGCUAUUAAUGGAAAACUGUGAAUUUUAAAUUUCUUUCAAUUCGAUCUUCAGAUCAUCUUUUUAAAAUGUUAUUUGAUUUGGCAACACUGCGGAAAUAAACGAAACAAAUCAAAAUAUUUUAAAUCCGCACUCUCAUUUAAAACCGUUCAGCUCUCGUCAAAACGAAAAUGUUCAGAAAUGAGUAAAUGUCAGAUGGAGUCACUCAGAUCUGUAAAUUCAUACAAAUUUGACAUUUGCCAUAUUUACUCAUUUUUGAGUAGGUUCUGUUUGGACGGAAAUCAAGUGAUUUUGAUUGUGUGUGUCUUGACAAACAAAAGAUUGCCAGAUCCCAAAUGUCAGAUUUCAGAUGACAGUUUUCGUUAAAAACAAUACUCGGCGUUCAUUUGAUACAACUCAUUUCUGAGACUGAGAUUUUUGACGAUUUAUUUGCAUUUGCUUGAAUUAUAUUCGAGUAUAGAUGAUUUUCACUCAAAUUUGUAGUAUAAAUAAUCCAAAUUCGGGUGAGAUUCACUCAAAAAUUAAAAUUAGUGAAAAGAAAAACUUUCAUAACUUCCGUAUUAACUUUUCAAUAGAGCGAAUCCGUAGAUAUAAACAAACAGCCUAUCCAUUUCUCACUCAACGUGAACUGUCACUAGAGCAAGUAGGAUAGACUGUUUGCUUACAUCCACAGAUUUGCCCUUUUGAAUAGUUAAAACGGACUUAUUCCUUAGUCUUAUUCUAACUUUGUGCUAAUUCACAACAAAACUUUUGGGUAGAAUUGAUUUUGACAAAAUCAGAGUAAAAAAUACUCAAUAAUCCGCUAGUCUAUCCCUUUUGCUCAAGUGACAGUUCACGUGAGGUAAGAGAGGGAUAGACUGCUUGUUUACAAACGCAGAUUCGCCCUAUUGAACUGUUACUACGGAUUUAACUAAAUUCUCGUUGAAUAUUGAGCGAAAUUCUCUUUUUUUACUCAAAUCUUACAGGGACAGGGAAAUUUUAAUCCAAACAAUGUAAAAGGGCCAAUGUGAGCUUGUAAAUAACGAGUUCAUCCUGCUCACGUCAGUGGAUGUUUACAUCAGAAGGCCCCUUUACAUUGUUUUGCUUGAUAAUUUAUGAAGGAAAUAUUAGACUAUGACAAACAAACAAACAAUCAAACUCGCACUUUAUCGUAUUUGACCAGGGGGAUGGCAACACUAUUCCGACAAAAGCAAACUGACAGCAAUCGGCACGGUUGUCAAAUGAGAGCCAACAACAAAAGCACUAGCUGUCAAUUGGUAGCCCAUAACAAAUCAAUAUUUAGAUUUUAAAUUUUCAAGUUAUUCGUAAUUUAAACGAUAAAUUCAGGAAAAAAAAACCACGUGAAUUGUGUUGCUGAUGGCAAUUUUUAUCAUAUUAACGGAGAUUCAAUCCAAAUAUUGGCUGAAAAUCGGUAUCUUUUUCUUUUAGUCGAUCAAACAGUGCGUCCGUACACUGAGAAUCAGAAUUACACAUUUUUUCAGUUUGCGUUUACACUUUUGCACGGGACUUUUGAGUUCAACCAGAAUAACACACUUCGUGUUACCAUAGUAAUGUGUAGAAUACUGAUUCUCAGUGUUUGUUUUCUAAACUUCCAAGAUGGCGGCUUCUUCGCAAGCCCCUGUGUUUGACAGUUUGCCAAACUCGCAAACAACGCAAAAUGUUUGCAGGCUGACUUUUAUGUAAAUUAUUAUAGGUAAACAAAGAAAGCAGGCGAACUGUGAAAAAGUGUGAGUUUUUUGUUUGUUUGUCUUAGUCUGAUACCUCCUUAAGUAGGUGUGCUUUUGACGAAAACUUAUUGAUUUUGAAUGUGCGUGCAGGAAUAAUUCGUGCCGUCCAUUUCAUUAGGGCACAUUACUUUUGUAAACAAGAGUGUAUCCCUUUCUUACCUUAAAAGAGGCAUUAGACUACGGCAAACAAACACACAAACUCGCACAUUUUGAUAGAUCGCCAGUUUGUCUGCGUAUUUUGUUCGCCAACAUUUGUUUGCAGAAACGUCAGCUUGCAUACAUUUUUUCUUGUUUGCGAGUUUGGCAAACUGUCAAACGCAGUUUGUUUGUUUGUCAAUUUCACUAAUUUUUCGAUAAGAUUUGAGUAGAUUUUACCGUUUGGCUUACAACUUCACAUCUAAGUUUAGAUUUUAAUUUUUCAUAAGAAGCAGUGUUGCCAAUUUUAACGCUUAAAACAAAAUUAUAAAAAAACAAGUUAAAUUGAAUCAAAACAGUUACAUUUUUCUGGUAAAGAACGAUUUCCUACAGUGAGAAGCAGAAAAAAGAACAACACAAGAAGAAACGCUAGGUGAUUCGUGCUACUUACUCGUAUUUUGUACCUGUUUCGUAUGUAUAUUCUGUCCUGUUGUUGAAAUUGAGCUGAGCUGCUUAAGCGCAGCGAAAAGACAUAUUGGCAAACGCUAAUCCUAUUUAAAGUCAAAAAGACACAUUUAAGAGAAACCAAUUUUUAACAAAAAAUCAGCAAAGCAGUAUCUAUUUUAGAGGGAAAAAGUUUAAAAUUAUUAUAAAAAGUAAUCGGAACAACUAAGUUAGUUUUAUGUUUUGGGCCAAAAGGCAAAACUAUGAAGCAAAACAAAAUACAUAUAUUUAUUGGAUCAGUAGAUGCUGUAUUUUGUACUGAUUAGAACCAAUUAAAUUCGAUCGUGAAAGCAAGAAACAAAACAAAAAGGGGAUGAGAGGAGGGGGGAGUUAAUAAAAUGAUAAAAAAUAGUACCUUUCAAAGGAAAUUAAACUGUAAACUGAAUCGCGCACACACAUUUACUGUUGAAGAGAUUAUAUUGUAAAGAACAAAGCAGCAGAAACUUUAAACCUAAACCAAUAUCUUACAAAAGUAUAGAAACAAGUAUUUUUAUACAUGCUAAUCGGAACAGACAGAACUUUUGUAUAAAAAUCACCCACUUUCCCACACGAGUUUGCGUAAAAAUUAGUCACCAACUGACAGUCCAUUUCUGCUUAGGUUUUUUUCUGUUUGGGGUAGUUUCACCGCAUAUCAUUGCUGGAUACAUUAGUUAAGGUCAAACCAGAUUUCAAUUGGUAAAGGGCAACAAGUAAGCUUAUUAGAAGAAUUUGGAAAACACGAAAAAACAAAACAAGGGAAAAUUCAACUAGAGAGAGAAGAGUUAGUAGCAGGUGUAAUUCUUAAAGACUGUUUAUUGAGCAAACCUGAUUUAGAAUGGCAGGUUGGCCGGAAAAGUAGAAGUUUCUGAUCAAAUAAAUUGCUAGAAUACGAAUAUCAAAAUUAAAAACAAGUCUCUCUCACCGGAGCAAAUAUUGGUAGGAUUAAGGGCAAAGUAUAAGUUUUACACAUUGGCAUUUGAUAGAGGCGGGAAAGCUGACACAGCUGUCAGCUGUUGAUAUUUGACAAUUGGAAACGAAAUUGCUUUAACAAAUCGACCGACCUGGGUCGGUGCGGUCAAUUAGGGAAUACAAAUACAAACUUUCACGAAAUUGGCAAAGGUUAGGAGAAAUAAUAGUCAACAGGGUUUAUCGAGUAAAACAAAAAUUAUUAAACACACUUUAAACAGCUCUAAAUUCAUACAUGCUUCAAAAGUCAUACAAUAUUUUGCCAUCGAAACUGCAUGAAAGCAUACGCGAAUAUUCUAAACUCAAAUUAACGUUUUAAUUUCUUUCCGAUCACAUCGAAUAAAACUUAAGAAUUAGUAGUAACAUUCUGAAUUCAGUUGAGUGAAGGCAGGCCAAUUUACCCUACGAGCAUUUGCUUCUACUCCACUGUCUUCAGAGCUUAUCAAAUCUAACAGUAAAAAUAUUCUUAAAAAUAGUGGAAUUAAUUGUUCAACCUAUCCCUGCACCUUUCCUGUUUAAUAACGCACCCAGUCACACCUUAAUGUCACGAGCAUUUUAAAUCCUCCAUCUAGCCUUCUAAAUUCAAAGUCUUUCAGAAAAAGUAAUGAAAUCAUAUUGUCGAACACACACUCAUACAAAUCAUACCCGCACAUUCAAGCAUUUCACGAGCACACCCUUAAAUGUUGGUUUUUACUCCCAUUCAAACUCUUAAACGUCAAACUAUUAAUGCAAAGCAGAGAAAAAAAACUAUUUAGGGUACGAAUUUUGGUGGAAGAGAAGUCAUUAAAGCGUAGAAACUAAGCAAAGCAAACUUAAAACUCUUGACGUAUUAAACUAGGUGUGGAUAAAUUUGUGGAGAAAAAGCCAAAGUGGGAGAAACAAUUGUCACUAACACAUACUCACACAUACUAGAAGCAAGAAACACAGACACCCGCGAUUUGUUGGGGGCAGAUCGAGGCAAGCGCGGCUUUGUCGUUUUAUGGCAAAGCUUGGCUGCGAUUUCGUUUUUAUACACGCAAAAACAGAGAAGAGCAUGUUUAGCAGAACACAAGAUUCACCGAUUUUUGUAACCUUCAAUGAAAGUUCAAAACAAAAGAAGCAAAGCAACCCGUGCAAACUACUUUCAGAUGUACAAGUCCAAAACAAGUGAACGCAAAGUUGAUGAGUAAAACGUAUGCAAAAAAAAAAGAACACACAUUAAAGCACAAACUAUAUUUUACCGAUCUUUAGGACAUAGUCGUUUCAUCUUUACGAUAUAAAACAAAACUUAUUGAAUAUAUUCAAAGUAAACAAAAAAAAAAGGAAACAGAAUUAAACAUACAAAUUUGUACUUUUGUGAUACUAUUUUACGCACCCGCAAAUCGCUAUUGAAGGAAAAAAAACCUUUCCGCAUUCGCCGACAUUAUUUUGAGAAACCUAACGCCAGCGCAUCGUUUGACAGCUGACAGCUGUCAAACCGAUUGCCAACAACAAAAAGAAACACUUACGCACACUUUUGUUUUGAAACAAAACAAAAUAAACACACUCGCAAACAAUGCUGGUUUGGUUAGAAAAGUUGAGUUUAAACACAAACACACUUUGUCACAUUUCAUCAAUGUCACUCACUGGGAGAAAUGUCAGUUGAAUGGUGUAAAUAUUGUGUUUUUUGUUGUUUAUUUCAAAACAAUGAAUGGAGGGCGACACACACACACACACACUGGUAGUUAGAUGGACAGCAAUUGAUUCGAUCGCUUUAUUUUUCUGGGAAUUAAGGAAAGAAAAAUAUUAAGAAAACAAAAACAAAAAAAAGAAAACAGACCAAAAGAAAGGCCAAACAUUUUUCUCUUACCGAAAAUUAUAAAAGAAAAAUGAAAAAAAAAGUUAAUCAUAAAUCAUUCUCCUUUCCAGUUAGUAGAUAGUCUUCUUGAAGAAAUUAAAGAAUAAAUAAAACAAAUAAAAGGCAUGCAAAAUACACUGAAGUAAAAUCACACAGUCAAUCGAUUCGCAUUUUUGCUUGGAAGUAAUCAAAGUUUGUAGCGUAAUUUUAGUGCUUUAAACAAUCAGUUUUUGCGAAAAAAAACCUGGAUAAUCAAAAACUUAGUUCGAAAAUUAUUUCAUUUAAAUGAUUGAAUGAUUUAUUUUUACAUAAAAUAAUUUAAAUUGAGUAGAUUUGUUAUGUAGAAUGAUUGAAUUUUCGAUAGAAGAGAAAUAAAAUAAUAUAGAAUUAAAAGCUUUGAUUUCCUUACUCAAAAAGCAUCAUCAUGGAUUUAUCAAAAACAUAAACAGAUUAAAACAGCGCAAAUCAAUCCAAAUGAUUUUUUUCUUUCAUAAAAACUUAAAUGAUAAUAACUUGUAGACAACAACUGGAAUACAAAUAAAACAAACAAUACGACAGUCGACAGUACGGGGAGGGGGGCAAGUUCCCCCUUUCAAGUAAAGUAAUUAAUUAUUGAAAAUCGUUUGGUGGAAAACUAUUGAGCAAAGAGGGAGUACAUGCAAAUCAAUGCUAGGGGAAGAGAUCUAUUUCACUUCUGUAAAACCGUGAGAUUCAAUAAAAUUUCAUGCAUUUUUUACUGAAUAAAA